CGGCGCCGAAAGAGGCUGGCUCGGCUCAGUCGUCUCCGCGGCCUUUCCCGGAGCCGACGCAGGCGCAAAAAAGGAGAAACCCGCAAGCCGAUCGCUGAGAAGGGAGAGCGGGGCAGCUGCCUGCCCGGGACGGCGCGCCCAUGAGCUGCGAGGUGGUAGUGCUGUACUUUGCAAGAAGUGCCGAAUUAGCCGGUGUCCGCACUGAGACCAUUUCCGUGCCCCAACAGAUAACAUCCCUGCAGCUGUGGGAAGAAAUUGUCAAGAGGCAUUCAAGGCUCGCUGCUAUACAGGAUCAAGUCGUCUUUGCUGUCCGCCAGGAAUACGUGCUUCUUGGGGAUCAGCUGGUGGUCCUCAACCCAGGGGACGAGGUUGCUGUUAUCCCCCCUAUUAGUGGAGGUUAGCUCUGGAAAGACGGAGUCAGAAGUCAUGAGCGUAAGUGAGGAUGAGCCCAAGGACUUGAUAAAAUUAAACCAUGAGAAGCUCUCAGCAGAUGAAAUAUCGGCACUGGUAGUUUCCCCCUGCUGCGGAGCUGUGUCUUUAUUUAUAGGCACUACCAGGAAUAACUUUGAGGGGAGAAAGGUCAAACAAUUAGAAUAUGAAGCAUACGAACCGAUGGCGGAAGCGGAAAUCAAGAAAAUAUGCACAGAUAUUAGAUUAAAAUGGCCUCAGUGCAACAUAUAGCGAUAUACCAUAGACUUGGUUCGGUUCCCAUUAGUGAAGCGAGUGUGAUGGUCGCAAUCUCUUCGCCUCACAGAACAGAGUCUCUUGAGGCUGUGCAAUAUGGCAUCAAUGCUUUGAAAGCAACCGUCCCUAUAUGGAAGAAG